UUACAAACAAAUUUCGAUCAAUUUAAGGCCAGUGGCACGGAACACUCCAACAUUAUUGUAAACGCAACCAAAGUUCAAAUAAUACCUGCAUUGUUUGAGUUAGUUAUCGCGCUUAAUUAAUAGAUAGAAAUGAGUGACCAACCAGAGUUAAACUUGGCAGAGUUGGUCGAAAACAAGCAAAAUAAAACUAAUGUUAAAUGUACGCACUGUGACUCAAUCAUGCUGAAACCAGGCUGUGCUGAUUACGUGGAACAAGAGUUCGACCUACCGGAACCGCACCAGAAGAAACGGCAGCCGGUAAAUUCCGGACCGGCAGAGUUUGCCUGCGAGAAGCUGAAACACUUCUGGGUCGUUAGCGACAUGUUCACCUUCGAGAACAUCGGUUUCUCGCACACGGUUGACCAAACGAAGUAUCUGAUAUGUGCCGAUUGCGAAAUUGGACCCGUAGGCUACCAUGACCUCCAGACAAAACAAUGCUACGUGGCACUGCAGAGAGUGAAGCACACGACGGCUUGAACCGGACACACUCCAGGGACCAACACCAAGAAUGAAGGAAUUUCUUUUCCGUUCCAGACACACUUUAAAGGCGCGGCAUGACUUGUGAUCAUUUAAUCUUUAAGAUCAUCUUAAAAUUAUGUACUCUUAUCGAAAAUUAUAACAAUGAACUAUUUUCUGAAAAUA